AUGCCUUCAGCUGCUAAUGAGAGACCUGACAGCUGCCGUGUGCUUUUGUUGACAAUAGCUAUUCUUGUUCAAGAUGUUAAUGGUGAUUACCAAGAGUUUCGAGAUUUUUUAGACGGUGUCAGUGAAAGUAGUUACAUGACGGAAGUUUGUGGAAGAAAACUAGGUUUAGCACUACAGAAAUGUAAUUUGGUGGUUCGAGGGAUGUCUAACGUACAGGUAGCAUCUACUUAG